CAGUUGAUUCCUUGUACGAGCUUGCAAGAGUGGGUGCUGGCAAUUUGUAUAAUUUCCUUUUCUCAGAAUAUGCUGCUGGGUAAGUUCUGAAUCGCUGACGUUAUGUUGGAGCGUAGCCUCCACAAAUUUUUUAAGACUGUAAAAAGAAUAUGAAGGAAUACUGCGAUAGGAGAGUGAGAAGGAACUUAUGGCACAUAGAUAUUACAAGUUUAAGCUGCAAUUUGUCCCCUUAAUUAACUGAUAUAUCUCUGAUAGACAUUGUAUAUUGUUAUAGUUAUGCCCCCUUUAUGUGUCUCAAAUAAAAAUCAUUACAUCAAUGCACUGUAUUCAAAAUUCUCGCACCAUGAUUAAGGCGGAAGUUUUGGCUUGCUGAUCUGUGGGAGCAUCAUGGAAUGUUGUUCAAAGGCCGGUAUUUUUAAUGAUCUGCUGAGAAGGCCAGGAAGAAUACUUGCAUUAGGGAAGCUUUUUGAAGAAGCCAUUUUACUCCUGUAAUAUAUGAGCCACAGGUAUUAAAUCAGAAAGUGCUGUGGGCAACUUUAGAGAGAAUAAGAUGCUGUUGUACUUGUCUACGGACAAAAAUGUUAGACAUUUUGAAGUCACCAGUAAAGUGAACAAUCAUGGGAAAGGGAGGAAACAUAAGGUCGACACUGGAAUGAAGGAUUUGUUCCUUUCAAGAUUCUUCCACUUUGGACGUAGCUCUUGCUUCCUUCUUCUCUACUUCUCUUUCUGCAAGCCAGACACAGAAAUGGUUACGUCAUUCCUAAAGGACAUUUAGCAUCGACUUUUGCCUAUAAAAUGCUUUUCUUCGUAUGCUUACAGCAACAGGUAAGAGAUAAUUCCCGAAAGUAACAAACAAAUGAGCAGCACUCCAAUGAAAAGCUCAAGGCAGUAUGAGGCGGAGUGCCGAUACUUGUGUUCAUUUUUCUCUGGUAACAUUUCCUUAAUCCAACUCCAUAAAGAACUGGGUUUUGAAUAGAUAUUAUGCAGUGUUCAUUCAUUUCCGGACUUUUCCUUUUGAGAUUUCCGUCACCAUCAUUUUGGAUUGUCAUUAUGUUAGGAAACGGUGGAAGCGAGGGACAGAAGCUUGUAGAGAUAUUUUCCCGGAGGUCACAAGAACUCAAGGCCAUUUGCCAGACCUACAGUGUUCUAUAUGGUCAUGAUCUUCUUCGGGUCAUCUCGAGCAAUCAAAAGAGCAGUGCAUUUACUAGAUUGGCUUAUCUGCGCGUGAGUGAUCCUCAGAGCCGUGAUGCUGAGAUUCUGAGAAGAGUACUUGUGGCGGGAAGCAUCAAUCUGGGCACACUGAUUGAGAUAACAUGCACCCGUUCUUCGUCAGAGCUGCAUUACAUUAAGCAGCAAUACUAUUCUCGAUAUCAAUCUGAUCUUGAACUAGACAUCUCCAUGAAAGUCAGCAGCGGAUUUAAGGAGAUACUAGCUGCAAUAUGCAAGUCAUGUCGCAACCACACCCACAAAGCGGACACAAGCCUGGCCUUUUGUGAUGCCAAGACUCUGUAUGAAUCCGUGGAGAGUGGGAGGACCAUUGAUCAGAAGACUAUCAUCUCACUCUUGAGCCAGCGAAACACUUCCCAAGUCAAAGCCAUUCUACUUUCCUACAAGCAGCUAUACGGGCACGAAUUCUCCAAGCUGGUCAAGCAAAGCAAGUGUGGCCAAUUCGGCCAGGAUCUUCGAAUAGUGAUCAGAUGCAUUCAGAACCCAGAGAAGUUUUUCGCGAAACAGCUCAGGAUGAGGAAUGCCGACGCUAGAGAGAUUCUCGUGCGAAUCAUAGUCACUCGCUCAGAGAAGGACAUCAAAGACAUAAACAGGGUCUUUUCAGCUAAAACGGGGAGCUCUCUCGAGUACCUUGUGAGAAGGGAAUUUAACGGUGUCAAAGAGAAGGCCAGUGAAACUGUGGCAGCCAUUUUACUCGAACUUAUCAGGGGUUAGAAGGUUAAAUGUAGAAUUUAUCGGGGUAAAUCUCAUAAGAAUAGUAAUGUCACUGGGAUUAGAUGUGUCAUUGAAAUUUAGGACCCGGCCACUGGACCAUUUCUUCAAUUGUUGCGAUAUUGAAUUUAGCUGGGAAGUGUUUGUAUAAAUCUUGAUAUGCAAAUGAAGAAUGCAAAGACUAUGUGAUGUGUUAAAAAACAUUGGCUUCCUUGA